AUGUUGAGAACCGUUCGUCGCCUUCAUGCUUCAUCCAUAUUUCGUCAUGAAAACCCACUAGGACUCCCCAAGAACCCGCUGAUUCCCCGAAUGUCUCGUGGCUUGCCUGUCAAGCAAAAAAUUCCUGGUGUCAACAAAAUUCUACUCGUUGCCUCUGGAAAGGGAGGGGUUGGAAAGUCCACUGUGUCCUCUAACUUGGCAUUGUCGCUUCAUAACUUGGGCAAAAAGGUCGGCCUUCUUGAUGUAGAUAUCUUUGGGCCCUCCAUUCCUCGUAUGUUGAACCUCUCGGGUGAGCCCCGUCUAUCAUCUGAAGGAAAAUUACUUCCUUUGUCCAAUUAUGGAAUAGAGUCCAUGUCCAUGGGUUACAUGGUGCCCCCAGAGAAUGCUGUGGUAUGGAGAGGUUUGAUGGUCAUGAAAGCAUUGCAACAAUUACUCUUCGAGGUACAGUGGUCUAACUUGGACUAUCUCGUCAUCGACAUGCCGCCAGGCACUGGAGAUACCCAGCUUACUAUCGGCCAACAAUUGAAAGUAGAUGGUGCCAUUAUUGUGAGCACCCCACAAGAUAUUGCCCUUAUCGAUGCAGUUAAGGGUAUUGCCAUGUUUAAUAAGGUGAAUAUCCCUAUCCUAGGCUUGGUGCAAAAUAUGAGCUACUACAUAUGUCCUAAUUGCAGCCAUGAGUCCCAUAUCUUUGGGACUGAAGGUGCUGCCAGAGAAGCAAAAAACCACGACUUGGAAUUAUUGGGUUCGAUCCCUUUGAAUGCAGAUAUUUGUGUGCAUUCUGAUAGCGGGAAGCCCGUGGUAAUGGAUCCAAAAUCGGUUCUUUCUAAGCCAUACUUAGACAUUGCGAAAAGAGUCUUGGAAAAGACGAGCUAG